UGGUGACUGAGGGCAAUCUCCUUGGAUACACAAACACUGCUCUUAUUUACCUGUACAUAAUGAUCCCAUAACCUGCAUUUUAGAGGGUAGCAGCUCCCUCCCCUAUAUCAGAAAUAGUCCCACCCUGACUACAUACAGGGGGAACGGAGAGCAUCCAAACAGCAGACAACUCUUCCUUAGUGGGAUGCUCAUUUGUUUGUUGUGGGUUGCAGGGUUUCUAAAAAAAAACACACACCCCCAUCCCUGAAUUCCAGCUGUGCCCCACUACCUGUGUGUGGAACUCCAAGCUGGGGACCCAGGCUGCAUCCUUGCUCAUUUGAUGGAGUCACCUGCCUCUCCCCCUGCACUGCUGAGUGAUGCUGCUCCUGCAGCCUGUGUUCAGUGGAGGCUGGGAGGCAGGAGCAGGAUUUAAUUAGACCCUGUGUGUUACUGUCCUCUCCCAGGCUGGCUGCAGCUCUCUCUGGAUGUCAUGAGACUGCACUGAGAUUGCACUAGUGAUCUAGUACCCAGUGCACGCAGCACAGCAGCCCCACUCUCCCUGCCAGCAGGACCUUUAGCCUGGGUGUUACAUUCUUCCUCUCUCUCGCCAUGGACCCGUUUGACACAGAGCUCUGCUAUUCCCCGGAUCCCAGCAUUGUUCAGCCGUCCUGUAAUGGGCGCCCGGAGCAGGCACCCAACAAGAGCCUGGAGGUACCCAUCCAAAUGGACCUGGAUCAGCAGAUGAAGAUGAGUGAGAGUGGCCAGUUCAGUGAUUUUGUGGAAAAUAGAGGUUUAUUAGAAAGCAGCACAAAACUAAAGCCGCACGAAGCACAAAGCUACAGGAAAAAAGCAUUAUGGGUAUCCUGGAUUUCUAUUGUUGUCACAUUGGUGCUGGCGGUAGCAGCCUUCACUGUCUCUGUUAUGAGAUACAGUGCAUCAUCAUUUGGAUUUGCAUUUGAUGCUGUUCUGGAUGUUUUUUCAUCAGUUAUAGUCUUGUGGCGCUACAGUAAUGCUGCUGCUGUACACUCAGCCCACAGAGAAUACUUAGCCUGCGUUAUCUUAGGUGUAAUAUUCCUGCUGUCAGCUCUCUGCAUCGUGGUGAAAGCUAUUCAUGACCUCUCCAUUCGGGUGCUCCCAGAAGUGGAUGACUUUCUGUUUAGUGUUUCCAUCUUAAGUGGAAUCUUGUGCUCCCUGUUAGCGGUGGUGAAAUUCAUGUUGGGUAAAGUGCUGACGAGUCGAGCGCUGAUCACCGAUGGAUUCAACUCGUUGGUGGGAGGCAUCAUGGGUUUCUCCAUUCUUAUAAGUGCAGAGGUUUUCAAGCACCACCCUUCUGUCUGGUACCUUGACGGGUCUGUCGGUAUUCUGAUUGGGCUGAUCAUUAUGGCCUAUGGAAUUAAAUUGCUACUGGACAUGGUUCCCCGAGUGAGACAGACACGUCACUAUGAGAUGUUCGAAUGAAGAGCCUGGCACAAACUUAUUUACUCUGCAAAACUUUACAUGACUAAUGGCCGCUACAAAGGUGUUUUUCCCCACUUAUAUUGUUGGGUGUUCUCAAAAUUCAAACAAAAACAAACUAUAUAUGACCCACUUAGAAAUGAUCAAAUCAGUAUUAACUGGACCGGUAUGUGAAGAUCCAAAAUCCUAAGCACAUAUAUGUGAAAAGUCACAAGCACAAGCCUUCAGAAAUUGUGUUCACUAAAUGAACCAUCCCCGGAAACAGCUCUGAUAAUGGAUUAAUUUGCUGGAGCACAUGCUGGAAAAUGCAGAAUAUUAACAGCGAAUUACAUAAAAAGUAUUUUUAUAUAUAUACAGUAUAUACAUUUUAUCUGUGUCCAAUGAACUUAUUUAGGCUCUAGUAGGCAUUUUACCUUCACAUACACAGAGCACAAAUUCUGUAGCACAAAUAAAAAGGUCUACACUACAUAAAACAUUCCAAAGUCAUAAUAAAGCAAAAUUCAGUCCCCGUCACAUACAGAGCUGUACAGUGUUUGUAUUUGGAAACUGUGAUUUACAGGAUACAGUAAUCUGUCUCUAGGUUAUCAGUGUUGUAUAUAACUUGGUGGUAUUAUACCUACCAAUUGUUUGCUCUUUAAACAAAGCGGUCCUGAUGGCGUCCCGCUGGCCCUUAAAAUCUUUUGAAUACUGUAACUCCCAGCAAUAUUCACCAGCCUCUAUGAGUCGGGUAGGUAGUUUGUGGCACUCCAAUUGCUGUGGAACUACACAUCCCAGCAUGCCCUGUCACAGUUUUAGCAUUCAUUAACAGAAGAACUGUGGCAGGCAUUAUGGGAUUUGUAGUUCCACCACAGCUGUUAUGCCAUAGAUUGUCUACCUCUGAUCUAUGAAAUGACAUCAUAUUAUUAAUAAACUUUGGUCUAUGAACUUGUAGACAACUCACAUAGUGAAAUUCUGCUUUAACUGACACUUUUAUUGGUAGUAUAAACAAUCAUAGAGUGCAUACUGUAUGCACCUAAACCUAAAGGGCACCUAAACCUAAAAUACAAGUCAACACAAUACUAAAAGGAAUAGUUGCAUAUGUCUAGAAAAGUUCCAUACUUUGAUAGAACUUCAGUUAUUUGAAACUGUAUAUAAUAAUUUAUGCCGUUAAAUAUAUCAAAUGUUAAAGAUUGCACUUGUCAGCUACAUUAAGCAGAGGAAAGCCAUUGUGCGGAUAGAACCAGUAUUCACCCAAAAAAUAGACUAAGGGGUUUAUUUGUAAAAGCGACAGGUUGUAAAACCCAAAGCUUCUCACCUUGUUUGUACCUGAUAUUUAAAAGGGUAAUGAUCUUACUAGCAAAACACGGCUCGCAAACGUAAUCUGCUUUGUUAUUGUGAAUAAACACGUUCAGAAGCGCCGGGUUUAAAUAAGCCCCAAGUGUCAGUGAUAUCAGUGAGUGUAUCAGUGCCUCAUUGAAUAUGGAUAUAUUGGUCCAGCCUCCAUAAUGGCUGCUUCUGCUAUCUGUAGGUGGUGGAUGUGCACUUGAAAUGUCUUGUAUUUCAGAUUUUGUUACCGUUUAAUGCUCAUUUGAUAAUGGCAUCUUAAUUAGCAUCUGCUUGAAAUUGUUUUCCACAGACUCUUGGUCGUAUAUAAAUAUCUCAUAUUUUUCUUUCAACAUAUAUCAUGUAGUUAUUAAAUACAUAUAUAUUUUUAUUAAGUACAAAUAAAAAAAAUGCAAUAAAUGGGUGAUUUUCAUAAUACGAAUAACAAAUUAACAUAAUUUCAAGUGAAUUUCAUAAGGAAAUUGUAAAAUCCUAAGAAAUCUUCUCCUCUUUGAGAUGGUGGUGUGUGGUUUUGUAACUGAUAGGUGAUAUAACAGGAGUUAUUAGGUAUAUUGUGAGCGUAUGUAGAGGGUUAUUAGUGUACAGUGCCUAAUCUACAUGUAUCGUUUUAGUGCUGUACAAUAUGAGAUUUUAACAGGGUCUAACAAAGCAAAAAAUGGUUAACAGCAAAACACAAAUAACUUUUCCCACAUUGUAUGUGUGGGAUACCUUCACUAUCCCGGUGGUCGAGAUGGCGGCGGUCAUGUGACCGACACAGGAAUCCAGACAUACUCAGGAAUCCGGCACCAGAACAUUGACAGCUGAAAUCCCGAAUGUGAGUAUAGGGUUAAGGGUUAGGGCCUGGAGUGAAGGUGGUGGGGGGGGGCUAGGCACUAGGAGGGGUGAUUAACCAUAGCUGGCACUCCCCGAGUGUUAAGCGUAGUCGACCCCCCCGGAUGCUUAGGGUAGGGGAAGGUGAAAAUACUUACCCCAUCCGUUGAUGGAUCGUCAGUGUCAGGAUGCCAGUGUCGGUCAUAUUACCGCCGGCAUCCCAACCGCCGGUAUUAAAUACCGAUCCCGUAUAUGUAUUGCACAGGUACAGUAAUCAGAGAAAUAUCACAUGUUUUAUACUAGUGAUUGACCGAACUCAUAAAACUAUUUUCAGUCAUGUAGGAUCAGUUUACUGAUUUUUACAACCUUACAAAGAAUUUUAAUUUCUUGGCUUGUACAUGUCCUCCUGCAACUUUCAUUAUAGGCAUCAAUUAUAUUUUUCUGUGAUGUUUACCCAUGUUUUCCAAUCAACUAGCUGAAUUGUUUGUUUGUGUUGCCCUUGGGUAUGCCACAGUUACAGUACACUGUGCUUUAUCUUCAUUGGAUACAACUGUAUGCAGAUUACUUAUUAAAGUUAUAGGCAACAGGAAAAACAAGUUUGAGUCAUGAUAUGGAGACAUGCCUGAAAAGCACAGUAUGAUGAGUAAAAAAAAACAUCCAGUAAAAUAAUGGUACUCAACUGAUAGCCCAAUAAUCAGUCUACUGUUUUACUUCCCUCAUGUAGAAGUCGGCAUGUGAGGGAGAGGAAAGUGCAGGUGGACAUGUAAUUGCCCUGCUUGUUAAAGGAAAUGUGGGUCGUGCAGACAGAGGCGGAUUGGCCAUAGGGUUCACAGGGAAGAUUCCCGGUGGGCCGACGCACCCGUGGGGCCUGUUUUGUUCGAGGACAUGUGGUCCUAUUAACAGACAUAAUGAAUAAGAUGCAAAAUAAUUUGCAUAUAUGAAAAUUACUUUGCCACUUAGCCUGUUAUUGCAGAUGAUCUAGUGCAGGGAUGGGGAACCUUCGGCCCUCCAGCUGUUGUUGAACUACACAUACCAGCAUGCCUUGCUA